UGUCCUCGAAUUACGAUAAGUUGUGACGAUCUAUUCGUAUUUUCGAGAGCGUGCUAAUUAUCUUGUUUCGGGUACGGAAGGAGAAGUGGGGGUGGGGGGGAAUAAAAAGAAAAGGACGAUCUUUAUUAUAAGGAAAAAAAAGGAAAAAGAAAAGAGAUAAAGAAGAAAGAAAGAAAAAAAGAAAGGGCAACCACAAGCACAGCGACAAAAAAGUGACCAUGGAAGAGAGUAUAAGUUGCAUGGAAGAGGAAUGCCUCAUCGAGAAACGAAGAACAGCAAUAUUGAAGGAAUGUUCUGAAUUGUUGAAUGAGGACAAUCGUUACACGAAAGAAGUAUUCAGGAAAUUGUUCCAAGAUCAGACUUUUCUCGAAAAAUUGUUUGGGCUGUUCGAUCAGGAUCGAGACGAAUUAUUGAGGCAGGACGAGUGGUUCGAAUUUAUGAAGGGUAGAUUAACAAACGAAAAGCAACACGAUUUCAUCGAUCAAAUCGAAAGCGUAGCUUUCGUUUUGUGCGCCGAGAAACCAUUGAACUUUACCAGUUUCGUUCAAUUGUUCUGUGCUAAAGGGGUAGUAGAGAAACUCUUUCGAUUGAUCGAUCAAGACAAUUCUGGAUAUGUAACUUCGAUGCAAAUCAUGGAGUUCAUUUACAACGUCAGUAAUCCGAGACCACGAGCCGGCUUCGACAAACGUAGUCUGGAAUGGUUGGAGAAUAUUUUCAAACAGACAGUGGGCAAUCAAAAGGAAAUACGUCAUGAGGAAUUCAAGAAGAUAGUCACAUCGAAGAACCCGUUCUUCACGGAACGUGUCUUUCAAAUAUUCGACAAGGACAAUUCUGGGACUAUAUCGCUUCAAGAAUUUAUCGACGCCAUGCACGAAUUUGCUGGAAAAUCAGCCGACGACAAAAUCAAAUUUCUUUUCAAAGUCUACGAUAUCGAUGGCGACGGUCUCAUUCAACAUCGAGAACUGGAACAUGUGAUGAGAGCGUGCAUGGAAGAAAACGGAAUGAAAUUCAGCGACGAACAGAUCGAGGAUCUAACGAUGGCACUGGUCGAGGAUGCUGAUUCCUGUAAUCGCGGUGCCAUCACGUUCGAGGGAUUGAAAAAGCAAUUGGAGAAACACGAAGGAUUGUUGGAAAAUUUAUCGAUUAGCAUAGAUCGUUGGUUGGUCCCGCCAAAGCCGAAAGAUAAAAAAAAAUCUUUCCUUGGAUUUUUAACGUCGUUACGGCCGUAUCAGUUGACCAAGCCCUACAUAAAAAAUAAUUACGUCUACAUAGCGUUCAUCUCGCUCUUUCUAAUCGUAAACGCAGCGCUCUUCGUCUCGAGGAUCUUUCAAUAUCGACGAUGGAAUGGCUACGUGAUCCUGGCACGUGCUUGCGGUCAAUGCUUGAACUUUAACUGUUCGUUCGUUCUCGUUCUGAUGCUACGACAAUGCAUAACUUUUUUACGAACCAAUGGUUUCUCAUCGAUACUUCCAUUGGAUCACCAUAUAUAUCUUCACAAGAUGACUGGCGUUUUGAUCGGUGUGUUCAGUGUCGUUCACACGCUCAUGCAUCUUUUAAAUUUCGGUACCGUUGUUGUAAACGACGAAAUAUUAAAUAGGGCGAACUUUACUAUGACGGAAUGGAUUUUCACUAGCAAGCCAAAAUUAUUCGGAUUGGUGGGAGGUUGCGCUAAUCCUACCGGUAUCGCCCUAAUCGUCAUACUCGUUAUAAUGACCGUCUGUUCGUUGCCAUUUGUAAGACGUGGCGGGUGUUUCGAGAUCUUCUAUUGGUCGCACCUACUUUACGUACCAUUCUGGAUCUUAAUGAUAUUCCAUGGGCCUAAUUUUUGGAAAUGGUUCGUCGGCCCAGGAGCGAUUUAUCUCAUUGAAAGGAUACGAAGACUCGCAUGGUCUCGUUCUCAACGUGGGAAGACUUACAUAAGUUCUGGUCUCUUGCUACCUUCGAAAGUGACUCAUCUGGUGAUCAAACGGCCACCAAAUUUUGACUUUUGUCCUGGUGAUUACGUUUUCGUCAAUAUACCAGUGAUUGCACGUUACGAAUGGCAUCCAUUCACAAUCAGCAGUGCUCCGGAACAAGAAGAUUAUAUAUGGCUUCACAUACGAGCUGUGGGUGAAUGGACCAACAGCCUAUAUUUAUACUUUGAGAGGGAACACAUGAAACUCCAUCGAGGCGACGAUUUAUCCGUCGAUAGUGCCAGUAACAACGUUGAUCUUAUACGUAAAAAAUCAUUUCUCAACAUUAAAUUAGGCAAAGAAAAAAGAGAAGAUACAUGCUCGUUAUCCGAUUCACGUGGUAUCGACAACCUCGUUUUCGUUCCUGACGUUAAUGCUUCGUCCUCGUCAAAUCCAUCGAUCAACGAAAGUGGAACAUUUUUGGAAACUCCGGAAUGUACACCAAAGGUGAUUAAAAUGACAAAGGACCCGAAAUUACGUCAGUUUUUAUUGACCACUAAAAUGCCAUUAGAAAAAUCAUUUUCAGUUCCUGAUAUGCAAACGAGAUAUAAGAACAAACAACGUUUGAUCGCAUUACGCGAUUAUGGGAGAUCAGAAUCCGAAAAGAGUUUCGACGAAUGUCAGAUACGUCAAGCUCGUAUGAAAUCUUUAGGCAUAGCUUAUCUAAGCCCACAAAACAAAUCCCUAGCUCAGAGUUUUCGAUACAUGAGAACAAAACCCACAAUAAUUGCGUUUAAAACGCCGAGUCUUGAAAAUUGUGAAUACGAAGAAAGAACGAACUUGAACGCUACGACGACGAUCACAGAACAAAAAAAUAUUAACUCGCCAGCUUCCUCGAUCGGGCAAGAAAUUGCAGAGGAAGGAAGAUUGAACAAAAUAUUCGAAGAAACUAAAGAAUUCGAGAAAACAAAAACGAUAGAAAUUAGAAUCGAAACGGCAUCGAAUACAACUAUAAAUUAUCCAGUAGGGAAACCAUUAGAGAUAUUUUUAGAUGGCCCAUACGGUGCACCCUCGAGUCAUAUAUUCCAAGCACAACACGCAGUAUUAAUUGCAACUGGGAUCGGAGUAACUCCCUUCGCUUCUAUCCUUCAAUCGAUCAUGCAUCGAUAUUGGGAAGCUAGGCAUACUUGUCCUAAAUGCAAAUUUUCUUGGGCUAGCGAAAUACCGCCUACUGUGAUGCAUCUACGAAAGGUCGAUUUCUUCUGGAUCAAUCGAGAUCAACGUUCCUUCGAAUGGUUCGUCAACUUACUAUCGCAACUCGAAAUGGAACAAGCUGAAUUAGGCAUCGCCAUGGAACGUUUUCUCGAAAUGCACAUGUAUAUUACAAGUGCGUUACAAAAGAACGAUAUGAAGGCUGUAGGCUUGCAACUGGCAAUGGAUUUGCUUCACGAAAAGGAAAAACGAGAUCUCAUCACGGGAUUGAAAACCAGAACGACCGCUGGCCGUCCAAAUUGGGACAAAGUGUUCAAGCAACUUCAAGAUAGAAAAAAGGGCAAAAUUACUGUAUUUUAUUGCGGCCCGCCUCAGCUGGCGAGGAUUCUCCGAUACAAAUGCGAUCAAUUUGGAUUUAAUUUUCGAAAGGAAUCCUUUUAACUUUAUAAUUUCUUCUUUCUAUUCUUUUAUUUUUUGUCUAUUUCUUUUCUUUUUCUUUUUC